AUGACAGCUUCAACAAAAACUCCAAUUAUUUUAAAAGUUAACGCAGCUCUAUUCGAUGUCGACGGUACUAUAAUCAUUUCACAACCUGCUAUUGCUGAAAUGUGGAGAGAUUUCGGUAAAGACAAACCAUAUUUCGAUUCAGAAUUUGUGAUUAAAAUCUCACAUGGUGCUAGAACUUAUGAUAUGAUUGCUAAAUAUGCUCCUGAUUUUGCUAAUGAAAAAUUCGUUAGACAGCUGGAAGAUAAAAUUCCUGAUAAAUUCGGUGAUCAUUCAUACGAAGUCCCAGGUGCUACAAAACUUUGUAACGAGUUCAAUAAAUUGCCCAAGGAAAAAUGGGCGGUCGCCACUUCUGGUACUUUUGAAAUGGCUCAUAAAUGGUUCGAUAUAUUGGGAAUUAAGAGACCUACAUACUUCAUUACUGCUAACGAUGUGAAAAAUGGUAAACCUCAUCCAGAACCAUACUUGAAAGGGAGAAUUGGUCUUGGGUAUCCAGUUAAUGAACAGAAACCAUCGCAUUCAAAGGUAGUCGUCUUUGAAGAUGCUCCUAAUGGUGUCAAAUCGGGUCAAGCUGCUGGUUGCAAAAUCAUCGGUGUCGCAACGACUUUUGAUCAGGAUUUCCUAAAGGAGAAAGGUUGCGAUUUGAUCAUCAAGGAUUUCACUCAAGUAAAGCUCAAUGGUUACGAUCCCAUCAAAGACGAAGUCGAAUUACAAUUCAAUGACUACAUCUAUGCCAAACCUGAUUUGAUGGUCUGGUAG